UAGUUCUAUGGGUCUCUCAUUAACUAACUUAACCUAAGAAAAAUUUCAACUAAAACCAUGAAAUUGCUACUCAAUUUGAAAGCACAAUCCUUUUUAAAAUUUUGGAAGAUUAGCAAUAGAUAUUUAAGUGUAAGAAGUAGACACGAUGGAUGUCUGGAACCCGUUAAAUUGGCAUACGCAACAUAUGAAGGUACAAUGCCAGAGCAGGAAACUCAUCAGAAUCCUUUUUUGAUAAUGCAUGGAUUGUUAGGCUCCAAAUCGAACUGGAAUACUUUGUGUAAAGUUUUUCAACAAAAAACUGAGCCUUCUAGGAAAGUUAUAGCUAUUGAUGCAAGGAAUCACGGAGAUAGUCCUCAUGAUCCUCAUUUUUCCUAUGAACUUUUGGCACUUGAUUUGAAAAAUUUUUUUGAAAAUGCAGGUAUAGAAAAAGCUUGUAUUAUGGGACAUUCCAUGGGAGGAAGAACUGCCAUGUUGUUUGCUUUGAAAUAUCCAGAAUUGGUAGAGAAACUGAUUGUAGUUGAUAUAUCUCCUGUAUCAACCAGCUCUGAUAUCAGUGUGAUGCCAGGUUAUUUACAUGCUAUGAAUAAUAUAAAUAUACCAAGUAAUAUUCCUUUAUCUAGAGCAAGACUAGCAGCUGACCUCCAACUGGCAGAGAGUGGCAUAACUGAUAAGGGUUUGAGAGCUUUUUUGCUAACAAAUUUAAUUCAAAACCAGAAUGGAAGUUUUGUUUGGAGGGUGAAUAUACCAGAUAUGUUGAUGAAUUUUGAUAAUAUCAAGAGAUUCCCUUAUGAGAUGGGAACUGUCUUCAAUGGACCUACAUUAUUUAUUGGAGGAUCUUCAUCUGAUUAUAUUAUGAAAAAAGACAUUCCUGAAAUAAAAAAAAUAUUCCCUAAUUCUGAAGUAAAAUACAUAGAGGGUGCAGGUCAUUGGCUCCAUAGUGAAAAACCAAGUGAAUUUUUACAAAUUACUUUAGAAUUUUUAAAUGGUUCAAAUACGAGUUAGUCGUACAAUGAGUUGUUAUUUAUGUUACUAAUAAUAUAUUUCGUUUACUGUUA